AAAAGGACAGUUAAUUGAUUGAUUGUUAUCGAGGAAAAGAAAAUGCAGUUCGUGGGUUCUACAGCCAAAGGAGUCCUCUUUUGCCUAUUAGUUUUCCAUUAGUGCGUGUGUGGCUGGGAUACCCCUUUUAGACUUUUAAUGUAGCCCAUCUUUAUUCUUUGUCAAUUUAGGCUGUGGAAUUUGCUAGAUCAUUAUGUCAUGAUGCAGUAGGCUGUGGAAUUUUCUAGAUCAUUAUGUCAUGAUGCAGUAUUUAGCUUACUGAAUCAAGCGUAUCAAGUUUGGGAAUGCAUGCUACAAAGUUCUAGCUCCACUUUGAUGCCUCAAUAAUGCAGUUAACAUCCUUGCAUGAGCCUAAGAAUCGUCAGGAAAGAUUACUUUUUGGUUAGAUGAACAGUUAUAUCUAGGAGAUCACAUUCUCAGCCACAAAUUAUCUUCAGACAGUUCCCUGGACUCAUCUUGGUUAGUUGGAGGUUAUGCAGUCUCUUCACCAACAACUUGCAAGAUAUUCUGGGGCAAUUUUCGAUGGUGAAUCUCGAGCUUUAUAACAUUGUUGAAGAUAUUAAGAAAGUUUCCAAGGCUUUUGUCGUGCACCCCAAGAAUGUAAAUGCUGAGAAUGCUGCAAUUCUACCUGUUAUGCUGUCAUCAAAGCUGCUGCCAGAGAUGGAAGUUGAAGAUAAUGUCAAAAGGGAGCAAUUAUUACACAGCAUGCAAAACCUAUCGGUAGCAUCCCAGAUUGAGAAGUUGAAGGUUAGAAUUGAUAUGAUUGGAGCAGCAUGUGAAAGUGCUGAGAAAGUCAUAGCUGAUACACGCAAAGCCUACUUUGGAACCAGACAAGGUCCAACACUGCUUCCAACUAUUGACAAGGCACAAGCAGCAAAAAUUCAGGAACAAGAAAAUUUACUUCGCACUGCAGUAAAUCUCGGCGAAGGAUUACGUAUACCUGGAGACCAAAGGCAUAUUACUUCUGGACUUCCUGGUCAUUUGGUAGAUGUGCUCGCAGUAGCUGAUGGGCCGCAGUCUUUCGCUGACUCAUCCGGGACUUAUCUGAAGAAUACUCCCCCCUUUUCAUCAAGCAAUGUCAACAGUCAGGGAGCUUUGCUACAGGUUUCUGGAGCACUUCGGGCUGCGGCUUCUCCUUCUGGGACCACUUCCUUUGAUACUACAACAGCAUCCCCCUUGCAACAUGUCAACUCACCUAGAUCUAGUGCUAACAUGAUGAAUACACCAUCUCCUCAGCAACAGACCCAUCAGCAACAGCAGCAGCAGCAACAACAGCAGCAGCAGCAGCAGCAGUUGCAGCAGCUCCAGCAGAGGCAGAAAAUGAUGCAGUUACCUCAGCAUCAGCAGCAACUUCUUGCCCAACAGCAGCUUAGGCAAGCCUCAAUACCUGGACUGGGGCAGCUGCAUGGUCAGCCUCAGAUGCAGUUCUCUCAGCCACUGGGAGCACAGCAGUUUCAAGGUAGGCAGCUAGCAUCUGGUGCCCUUCAUCACGGUAUGGGUCAAAGUCAGCUCAACCAAGGAAAUCAGCUGAAUCGGCAUCUAAACCAGUUUUCUAGUCCUAUGAAUACUGCACUAUUCAAUUCAGCCCAAAGCACACCUACCUCUCAGAUGAUCUCAAAUAUGUCAGCAAUGAUGCCAUCACAGACUCUUCUGCCACGAAUGCAGAUUGGAAUGUCUGGUGGAACGCGGAAUCUUGCUGCUGCAAACCUGAGUGAUCAAAUGUUCAAUAUGGGAGGAAACAAUCCUGGUAUGAUGUCAAUCCAGCAGCAGCAGCAGCAGCAGCAUGGCACAUUUGCAAACAUGUCGCAAAAUACACAGAAUCUGCAGCAGGGUAUGAUGCCUCUUCAGAACACACCUCAGCAGACCCAUCCUUCCUUUCAGCAACAAAGACCACAAGGCCAACAGUGAAGUGUGUAAAAUUAGACAGAAGAGGUUAUGGUAUACCAAAUCCCAACAUUUCCCAACUUUGUUUGAUCUUGAUAGUGCAAGUAUGUUAAGGCCAGAUUCUUGCGGGGCAUUUUUGUUGAAACAUUACAUUUGUUAAAAGAAGAUAGUAAAAUUAAAUCAGAAGAUCAGGCCACCAGCAUUUAUUUGCUA